AUUGUCAAUAAAUUACUACUUUUAUUGCACAUGAAUAUCCGGUUAAGUUUUUGGGGUGUUGGUAGGCACUUCCUGUGCAAACGUGGAAACUGUCAAACUUAUAGAGAAACGAAUAAGUGAAAUGAAAAACAAUGUUGUCUGUAUUAAAAAAGAAUUGGUUCUUGAUUGGAAUAAUUGUAGUGAUAAGUUUAGCUAAAUUCGCUCCUGAAAUUGGAUCUAAAGGAGGAGUUUUAAUGCCCGAGAUAACAGUGAAAUAUAUUGCAGUCUUCAUAAUUUUCUUCAAUAGUGGAAUUUCAUUGAAAAGUGAGGAUUUGGGAAGAGCAUUAUUGCAGGUCAAAGUUCAUGUCUUUAUUCAAGGCUUUACCUUCAUUUUGUUUCCAGUAAUAAUAUUUGCUUUAGUUGGCUUUUUGAGCAUUGCAGAAUUCAACCAACAAGUUUUAGAAGGAUUGAAGAUAUUGAGUUGUUUACCACCACCCGUGUCUUCAGCAGUUAUCCUUACAAAAGCAGUUGGUGGCAAUGAGGCUGCAGCUAUUUUCAACUCAGCAUUUGGAAGUUUUCUUGGUAUAGCAGUCACCCCAACACUUAUAUUAGCUUUAGUAGGAUCAAAGGCUGCUGUCCCUGUAGCAUCUAUAUUUUUACAACUUACAGCAACUGUUGUUUUACCAUUAAUCAUUGGCCAAUGGAUAAGACGAUAUUUAGCUAACUUUAUUAACCUAAAAAGUGUUCCCUGGGGCCAGAUAGGAAGUGGGGUUUUACUUCUCAUUAUCUAUGCAACAUUCUGUGAUACGUUCUCCCAGGAAUCGAUAGAUGUUGAUCCAUCAAGUUUCUUCAUUACUGUAAUAUUAAUUAUCUGCAUACAGUUGUGUUUACUAUACAGUGUGUUUACAUUCAGCAGUAGUAGAUUGUUUCAUUUUUCACGCAGUGACACUGUUGCUUUAAUGUUUUGUUGUACACACAAAUCACUUACUUUAGGAAUUCCAAUAAUAAAAAUCAUAUUUGCCGACUCAGCAAGUCUGUCAUUAAUUACCAUACCUUUACUAGUGUAUCAUCCGACACAAAUACUCCUAGGUGGACUUCUAGUGCCGUCAGUACGAUCAUGGAUGCUUAGUGGACCAAGAUCGGGUGAAGAAAAUUUGGAAGACGGGGAUUAUUUAGCUACUCAGUCUGAUAGUGAUGGUGUAGCAGUCUAGGAAAACAGUGGAAGGGAAGAGCGUACCACUAUGAAGUUUGCAAGAUUAGUGAGAGGGGGUUUUAAAUGCAAUGCUGACAUGAUAUUUUACAUAACUGCACAGUGGGUCACAUUGAUGGGCCAUUGCCAUUAUUAUAGAACCAGGUCAGCUUACACUUCUGUGCUGUCUGGCCAGGCUCCAUGCUGCUGGUUCCUUAUUUUUGCUUUAAAUUUUAUGAUAUUAACAUCCCUAAA